ACUCCAUGUCGGAAGCUCAUCCUUUGUGCUGAUAACAGAAAAGAGAUGGAAGAUUGGAUUGCAGCACUGAAGACUGUACAAAACCGUGAACAUUUUGAGUCUACCCAGUACAGCAUGGACCAUUUCUCAGGGAUGCAUAACUGGUACGCCUGCUCACAUGCUCGGCCAACGUACUGCAACGUGUGUCGGGAGGCAUUAUCUGGAGUCACAUCGCAUGGACUCUCAUGUGAAGUGUGCAAGUUUAAAGCCCACAAGCGGUGUGCUGUGCGGGCAACCAAUAACUGCAAGUGGACAACUCUGGCCUCUAUCGGGAAGGAUAUAAUUGAGGAUGAAGAUGGGAUCUCGAUGCCACAUCAGUGGCUGGAAGGAAACUUGCCCGUGAGUGCCAAAUGCACCGUGUGUGAUAAAACCUGUGGCAGCGUUCUGCGUUUGCAAGACUGGCGCUGCCUCUGGUGCAAAGCUAUGGUACACACAGCAUGUAAAGAGUUGUUGACAAACAAGUGCCCUCUUGGGCUCUGCAAAGUAUCUGUCAUUCCUCCUACUGCUCUUAACAGCAUUGAUUCAGAUGGUUUCUGGAAAGCUACUUGUCCGCCUUCUUGCACAAGCCCUUUGUUGGUCUUUGUCAACUCAAAAAGUGGAGACAACCAAGGUGUAAAAUUUCUACGAAGGUUCAAACAGCUACUGAAUCCAGCCCAGGUCUUUGACCUCAUGAAUGGAGGGCCUCACCUUGGUUUACGCUUAUUCCAGAAAUUUGACACUUUCCGGAUUCUUGUUUGCGGUGGGGACGGAAGUGUUGGCUGGGUUCUCUCCGAAAUCGAUAGCCUCAAUCUUCAUAAGCAGUGCCAGCUGGGAGUGCUGCCCUUGGGAACAGGGAAUGACCUUGCCCGCGUGUUAGGCUGGGGGUCUGCUUGUGAUGAUGAUACCCAGCUCCCCCAGAUCCUGGAGAAGCUGGAGAGGGCCAGUACCAAAAUGCUGGACAGGUGGAGCAUCAUGGUGUAUGAAACCAAACUGCCUCGCCAGGCCUCCACUUCCACAGUCACUGAAGAUUUCAGUGAGGAUUCUGAGGUGCAGAAGAUUCUCUUCUAUGAAGACUCUGUGGCUGCUCAUUUGUCCAAAAUUUUGACUUCUGACCAACACUCGGUGGUCAUCUCCUCAGCCAAGGUGCUUUGUGAGACAGUGAAGGAUUUUGUGGCUCUUUAUGAGAAGGCAACGGAAAGCUCAGAGGAAUCAGAGGUCAUGGCCAGGAAGUGCUCUGUCCUGAAGGAGAAGCUGGACUCAUUGUUGAAGACACUGAAUGAUGAAUCUCAAGCAUCUUCAUCUCUGCCAAACCCUCCUCCCACCAUUGCAGAGGAAACUGAAGAUGGCGAUGGGUCAGGCAGUGCUUGUGAUUCUUCUAGUGACCAGUCAGUGGGCUCCUCAUGUACUGCACGGCCCCAGAUAUUUCGUCCCCGAGAACAGCUCAUGUUGAGAGCCAACAGCUUGAAAAAAGCCAUUCGUCAGAUAAUAGAGCAUGCAGAAAAAGCUGUAGAUGAGCAGAACGCCCAGACCCAGGAGCAAGAGGGCUUCCUCCUUAGUCUCUCAGCCUCUGAAGAGGACAAGGAGCUGAGGAAUGAGGAUAAAAUCUCCCUGCAGUCAUCACACAGCAGCAGCUAUGGAGUGUCCAAAGGAAGGACCCAGCGUAAAGCAUCCAAGUCUCCUUGUGAAAGACUAAUAAACAAAGGAAGUUUGUCGCUGGGCAGCUCUGCAUCUCUUCCUCCCCAGACAGGAAACCGGGACAACUUGCCAAUGCUGAACACAAAAAUCCUCUACCCAAAUAUCCGUGCUGGCAUGUCUGGUUCUUUGCCUGGGAGCUCUGUCAUCAGCCGAUUGUUGAUCCAUGCUGAUCCCUUUAACUCUGAGCCUGAAAAUCUUGAAUGUUACACAGAGAAGUGUGUCAUGAAUAAUUACUUUGGAAUUGGACUGGAUGCAAAGAUUUCUUUGGACUUCAACAACAAACGUGAUGAGCACCCAGAGAAAUGCAGAAGUCGUACUAAAAACAUGAUGUGGUACGGAGUACUGGGGACCAAGGAGCUGCUACACAGAACAUAUAAAAACCUGGAACAGAAGGUCUUGCUGGAGUGUGAUGGGAGGCCAAUCCCUUUGCCCAGUCUACAGGGAAUUGCCGUACUCAACAUUCCCAGCUAUGCAGGAGGCACCAACUUCUGGGGGGGAACCAAGGAAGAUGAUACAUUUACAGCUCCCUCCUUUGAUGACAAGAUUUUGGAGGUGGUCGCAGUGUUUGGUAGCAUGCAGAUGGCAGUGUCACGAGUGAUAAAUCUGCAGCAUCACCGGAUUGCACAGUGUCGGACAGUGAAGAUAGCAAUCCUGGGAGAAGAAGGAGUUCCUGUGCAAGUGGAUGGAGAAGCCUGGAUCCAGCCUCCGGGUUACAUUUGGAUUGUUCAUAAGAACAGAGCACAGACCCUCACCCGAGACCGGGCAUUUGAGAGCACCCUGAAGUCCUGGGAGGACAAACAGAAGUGUGAGUUGUCCCGGCCCUCCUCUUUCUCUCUGCAACCAGAGAUCAUGUCCGAAGAAGAAUCCACCCAGAUCAACCAGUUUGGCCAAGCUGCAGGUGCUCUGAUCCACAGCAUUCGGGAAAUAGCCCAAUCCUAUCAGGACAUGGAACAGGAGCUUGCCCAUGCUGUCAAUGCCAGCUCCAAGUCUAUGGACAAAGUCUACGCUAGAUCCAAGUCUACAGAGGGUCUGAACUGCAGCCUUGUUGUAGAGAUGGUGAAUAAUGUCAAAGCCCUGCAUAAUGAGACAGAGCUGCUGCUGGCGGGCAAGAUGGCGCUGCAAUUAGAUCCCCCACAGAAGGAGCAGCUCCAAGCAGCCCUUGCAGACAUGGACCUCCAGCUGAGGAAACUAGCAGACAUCCCUUGGCUGUGGCAGCUGAUGGAGCCCUGCGAUGAGGAGAACCAGAUGCUGGAUUAUUCUAAACGCAGCCGCAGUGGCAAAUUCCGGCUGGUGACCAAGUUUAAAAAGGAGAAGAACAACAAAAAUAAGGAGACUCAUAGUAGCAUGGGAUUGCCGGUUCACCUCUGGGGAACGGAGGAGGUUGCGGCCUGGCUUGAGCAUCUCAGUCUUUGUGAGUAUAAGGAUAUCUUCAUCCGGCAUGACGUCCGGGGCUCUGAGCUCCUGCACCUCGAACGGAGGGACCUCAAGGACCUGGGUGUGACCAAAGUGGGUCACAUGAAGAGGAUACUGCAUGGGAUCAAGGAUCUGAGCCGGAGUACUCCUGCCGGCGAGGUUUAGCCUCUGUUUUCACAGCCUGUGUCUACCAUUCCCCCUAAUUGCACAGCAGUCACCUCACGGAGCAGAUGUGCUCACAACUGUGUCUACUGAGCAGCCAAACUGUAUCUGUUCAGAGCUCAUAUCCAACCAAGCAUGGUGCUACCUUUUUUCCUGUGGGGUACGGCUGCAUCCUGUCGAGAGGCACCUUAUCUGCGGUCAUGCAGAGCCUCCUGGAAGAGAACUCACUUGCUGUUUGAAGAACCAUGUCCUCUGACAUGGGAAGUACUGGUUCCAGUGACAGUGCAGGACUCCUGAGAACUGCAACACAGCUACCUUUACUGGAGAACUUUGUGACAGUAGAAUUAUUCAGGGCAAAAGAUAUAUUGGCCAGUCUUAGUUCAGGAGCAUUUGACAGUCUUUUCAGACUCAAAACUUUCCCACUUACCUGUGUCACACCUCUAUCUUAGAACAUUGAAGUGGGACA